UAAAAACAAAAAAGAAACAAAGUUUGCUUUUGUAGGAUUCUAAGACGAUCAACGAUGGCAAAAUGGAGUGCAAUAUUAGUGAUAAUGAUGGUGAUUGUUGUGGUGGCAGUAGAAGCAAGUGGGACUAAAAAUAGUUGGAUCAAAUGUUAUCGCAAGUGUUCAAAGUCUUGUGCUGACAACGACGGUAAUUGCUUUGAACGCUGCAAAAUCAAAUGCGGUGGCCCAAACCCUCCCCAUAGUUCAUCACGAAGAAUCCCACAUGGGAUGGAAUCAGUGGAAGUUGGCGGAAGGAGAAAAUGAUAGAUAUACUCAUAUACAGUUUCGUCGUAGAUUUGUUGAUCAUGUC